ACUAGUCAACAGAUCAAGCGGAUCAUCAAGGAGGUCAAGGAUCUAAUGAGUGCUGCAAAAGUCUUAUCCAAUCGCAUGAAACAGCUGGCAUAUUCAUUAAAAGAAUUCAAUUUCGAGUGCAUCGGCACGGCCCAAACCGAUGAUGAAUUGGUCAUCUGUGAGAGUCUAAAGCAAUUUGGUGAUAUUAUCAGUAUGAUAGAGGAUGAACGGGAGAAAAUGUUGACAUUAGCCGAUGAACAUAUCAUUGAACCUCUGGAGGAUUUUCGUAAAAAACAAAUCGGCGGCGUCAAGGAGAACAAGAAAAAGUUCGAUAAGAAAACAGAGAAAUUCUGCCAAUCACAGGAACGUUUCCUAAAUAUGUCAACAAAAAAGCCAGAAAAUACAAUACAAGAG